CCAUUUUGGUUGGUCAACAGAAAAAAAUCUCUCUGGAAGAAAUCCUGGUGUAUAGAAAGAUCCAUAGUAUAGUCUAUCGUAUACAUUAGUACAACAAUUUGUUACUAUCAUUAGAUCUAUAAACAAAUAUAAACAAAUAUAAACAAAUACAAUGUUCAGAUUGGCUUUACGUUCAACUAUUCGUCCAGUUGCUAGAAUUCCUUUGGCUUCUAAAUCUAUCAUUACUCCAAUGAGAUUCUAUGCUGUUGCUCCAAUUACUAAGGAAGAAGUUACUCAAAGAGCUUUUGAAGCUUUAAAAACUGUUGCUGCAUUACAAGAAUCUAAAUUAACUUUAGAAGCUUCUUUCCAAAAGGAUUUAGGAUUAGAUUCCUUGGAUACCGUUGAAGCUUUAGUUGCUUUAGAAGAAGAAUUUGAUUUAGAAAUUCCUGACAAGAUUUCUGAUGAAAUCAAGACUGUUGGUGAAGCCAUUGAUUAUAUUUUUGAAGAAGAACAAAAAUUAUAGAGUAUCAACUACUUAUAAUUCCUCAUAUGUUGUAUAUUUGAAUUAAGAUUCUGACAUCCAUAAAUAAUGCUCUUUGCUUUCCUUCACUCUGUAUAUACUAAUCUUUUUACGAUCUUUUAGAUAGUAGAUGUCGGCUUUUGUAGCUGAAGUGAUCUUUACUAUAAUAUUAUUUAAAUUGAAAUAACUUAUUACUAAUUGUAGAUGUACUUGAUCAUAUAUCAUAUCAUAUAUGUAAGAGUAAGAGUAAGAGUAAGAUUCUUUACUAGAGUAAGAUGGUCACGUGAUCAUUUGUAAUGUA